AAAAAGAAUCGCGCCGCCUUCUUCCGUCGGUAAUACUAUAGCGGUGACUACCGAUCGAUUUGGAUGAAAUUAAGAGUCGCUUCUUCUUCUUCUUCUUCUUCUUCUUCUUCUUCUUCUAUCUCUUUAGGGUUUUCGGGUUCUUCACUUUUAGGGUUUUUCAAGGAUGGGGAGGUUCGCUAUGGACGAGAGUCCUUCAAUGGAGGUAGGUUGUGAAUUCGAAGUCUGUUAUAGAAAGGUACCCGAAUCUAAGUAUAGAAAUCGAAAUAUCUUACAAGACGUUUGGUAUAAAGCCAUUGUAGUGGAAGAAGCGCCAGAGAAGUGUGUUCAGUUGCUUAAGGACGACUUCUCAACUCCUGUUUCGAGAUUUUUGACAAUUCCCUCAGUCAUAUACCGACCGGUUCCUCCCAGAGUAGAGCCAGAUUGCUACUUUCGCAUAGGCACCAUCGUCGAGGCUGAUUUUAAAGAUUCGUGGGUGACUGGUUUUUUAGUCAAAAACAUUGAUGAUGCCAAUUUCUUGGUCUGCUUUGUUUGACCACCUGGUGUCAUUCAGUUUAAGGUUAAGCAUUUGAGGCUCCAUCUUGACUGGAGAGACCAAGGUUGGAACAUACAACCAAAACUUAAUGAAGUGUUCUUGAGGCGGUUGGCUGAGAAGCCUAUGUUUAGUCCUGGAACAGUGGUGGAAGUUAGCUCUGUUGUAGAUGAUGCGGAAGUCGUUUGGGUUCCUGCAAUGGUUAUUCAAGAGUUUAAAGACCAUGCUGAUAAUGAUGAUGAUGCUGAUAAGGAUGAUGAUGAUGAUGAUGAGUAUAGGUAUAUAGUCAGGGUCUGUGAUAAGUCCUCGAGCUACAAUAGUAACAAGGCAAAACUCAACAAAACUGUUGAUUUCCAUAGUCUUAGGCCUACACCGCCUUCUAUUUCGGUUGAUGAGUAUCAGCCAGAGGAGUACGUAGAGGUGUUUCUUUAUGGUUUGGGAUGGCGUCAAGGACGAGUGAUUGAAACUCUCCGUUAUAAAUGGUAUACAGUGCUUUUAGAGGCGACAAAUAAGGAGUUUCCAUUCAAACACUCGGAUCUUAGGCCUUUAAAGUUUUGGGAAGAUGGCCUUUGGAAGGCAAGGGAAUCGUCGUCAACUCAGAGUCAGGGAUCAGGAGAUGAGACUGAGGGUUCUGUGACGAAUGCAAAUGAAUCUGAUCCACCUUUAACUCCACCUCCGGGCAUAACUACACCACAGUUGAUACAAGUAGAAGCUGAAACUCAAAGAAAGGUACUCCCCGAGAAGACACUUCCAAGGAAUCAGAAUGGCUCGGGAGACGAGUCAUCUCAAGAGAAUUUGAUACAAGUAGAAGCUAAAACUCAAAGAAAGGAACUCCCCAAGAAGACACUUCCUAGGAAUCAGAAUGGCUCGGGAGACGAUUCAACACAAGAAAAUGGAAAUAGCGAAGAUAUUAGUCGAAAGAGGAAAAGAGAAGAUAACCUUUGUUUUGUUGCUAGUGCUGAGGAAGACAAAGCAAAGGAUACAACAAUGGUUUUACCCUUUGAGAAGAAGUUACCGAUUUGGAAGACACUUGAAUCAAUGGAGAUAUUUAAAACAGUCCCACAAAAUCCUCAUUUCAUCCCGUUGGUGGAGACUAGAGAAGAUUCCCGUGAAAUGUCUGCGGUUGGUAUGAUGCUUACCUUUUCUGGUUUACUUGAGGAAGUCAAAGCUCUGCAACACGACGAUCCCAUGUGCUCAUUACUAAGCCUCAGUGAUUCCUUUUCCAAGUUAGAGAAACACGGGUUCAAUGUAAAAGCACCUCAGUUACGGAUCAGUAGGCUGUUGUCUCUCAGAGAUAGGCAAUCAGAGAACACAGAUGAACUCAAAAAUGCCGAGAAAGUAGCUGCAGAGAAAGAGUGCCUAAAGGCUGAGAACGAGCGCAAGAUUCUGGAGCUGCAGAGGCUGAAUGAAGAAACGGAGAAAGUGAUAGCUCAGAGUAAGUCAUUAGCAGCAAAGCUUGUCCAAGAGCUUGAUGAUGGGAAGCUUGAGUUUCAGACAACUGCAUCGGCUCCAUGGUAAAAAAAAGUGAUAUGACCUCUAAGCUAAUUAUUCUCUAGUGUGUAAAUGAAAACUUAGAUUUCUGUAAUUGAAAAGACUAGGUUGGCCCUUUUGUACGGAUGGUGAAUGAUGUUUAGUUUUAAGUUUUAACUAGUUAACUAGGACCCCUGUCGCGGGGGAAUAUUUAGGGAUAGAUUUUUCUUUUAGUUUUUCUGUUUGUUUCAAGUAGAACAAUAUAUUUAAUACUUUAUACAGUUUUUGUUGAACAAAAGAGAGUGAUUUAUGGAGUUAACACUUUUGAUUCCCUUC